GCAGCAGCACUCUUCGACAGAACACUCAAACCAUUUUUGCCACCAUCCAACUUUUCCAGUUCUGACCUGUUCUGUCUGGCACGAGUCGCGCCAACCGUGGACCGAGCCACGAGACCGACCGACUCACAAUUGCACGCAUCGUCCGGUGGGCAUGGCGACCGGAUUGUCGCGUUUUCGUCGGCCAAUUGCGAAAGAAGCGAGCCCGACGACACAAAGUGUACAUUCAUCACCGGUCGAGCAGAAAAGGUGGAAACUGGUGCUGUCCUGCAAUCCGGCCCGGCAACAUCGCCUUCUUGUCCACCGAAAGAUGUAAUUAUGCUUGCUUUACUCUCCAUUACGACGACCGCCUGGUACCGAUGA